CCGCUACCUCUUUUGCUUUGAACAAUCCAUAUUUUUUCCCCUCCGGUUAUUGUUCGCUGGUUUUGAUUAGCAAACCUUUGAUUCAUCCGGGUGGCUAUUGUGCUUCAAAAAGACAAAUCUUCCGCUAUUUCCCCCCAGCUGAUAUCCCUACUCUUCCGCCUAUCACUUACUUGUUCUUACAACCAUCCGUCCACUACCACUUUUCUUGCUCGACCCAUCUACCACUUCAUUCAGUAUCCGUCACAUGGACUAGACGAUCUGCUGUCUUGGUAUCAUCUCAGCAUUCAUCACAUGGACUAGACGGCCUUUUUUGUCGCAACAUCAUCUGAUUAAUCAUUCCCCAAAAUGUCCACCACCGAGAUUGAUUCUCAGUGGGUGUCGGCUUUUGGAGCAUCAACCCCCCGGCCAGUGCUCUAUGCUUCCGAAGAGUUGAAUGAGGAUGGCUUCCAACCUUUGAACGACCCACAGACCUUCAUCAUGAACAUCUCCAACUUCAAACGCAAACAGCUCUAUGCUGCGAGUGUCAACAACCAGAUUGCCAUGAAACUGGCCCAGGAUGAAUACCUCGACCUGGAGCGUCAGAUCAAUCGCAUCAAAGGCAAAGAGACCAUGAAGGACCCCCAGUCGCUUCCUCGAAAUGACGUCUUCGAAGAACGCAAAGAAGCUGCCCUUUACGGUUACAAAUACGAGGCCAACAAGCCGGCAUUGCUUGUGGCCGGAAUUCCUGGUCUGCGAGCGGCAGAUGACAUUUCUGAACGUGAGAAGCAUGACGUACGACUUUUCCAAGAACCGUUUGAGCAAGGUGGCUUCGUCCCCAAGGAUCGAGAGUACAAAGCCAUGGUUGCCAAAGCGGUCAACCCGAAGAACAUCGACGGCUGGGCCCCGGUCAUGAAGAAGGGCAAAGCGCUCUACCCCAAACAACAGGUCCAUCACGAUGAGUAUUCCAUCACAUAUGUUAAGCGCAAUGUGGAUGAGAAUGGUGAAAUCAAACGACCUGUAUCACCAGACAGUAACGCCUCGAGAGACACUCCAAACAAAGCUGUCAACAAACGCCUGACCCGCACCAGGUUCGAUGGCCGAAAGGUUCCCGCGACUCGCGAUGUAUCCGAAGCCCCGUCUGGCGUCACUACCCCAACCAAGAAGAGAGGCAAUACCCCUGUCCCUGAUGACCGUGAAGACACACCGACUGGCAAACGACGCAAGCUCAACGGUGCAGCAGCAGCGGAGUCAUCCAAGCCGAAACAUCCAAACCAGUACACUAGAGGUCGUCCUGGUUAUGGAAGCGCCCCGCCAAACCCAGAUCGGCCCAAACAUCCCAACCAAUACACCAAAGCAAAAGAGUUAGCUGCACAGACUGCCGUUUCGACCACUCCCGUUCAAAGUGUACCGAAAGCCACAGGCUCGAAGGUGCCUUGGCAGGGUCUCUCGGCCGAAGAGAUGAGAAAACGCAAAUGGACAGACGAAGAAUUGCUGGAGGCAAUCAAACAUGACCACUCAUGGUUGAGCAUGCAAGGCCCGGCGAAGGCCGACGAAAACAAGACCAAAAUCCUCAAUGGCAUGAACCCUGUCCGAAGCUACAGCAUGGUGAUGAAGUGGGAGCAAUGGAGAGCCGAGAACAGAGACAAGCGGCCACGAAACAAGAAAGAGGACCCCGAGGGAACACCGGAUGAGUCUAAAGAUGCCAACGAGGCAUCUCGACCAAAGAGAGCGGCCGCCGUCAAGGUCGGUCGGCUCAUCGAGCCAGAGAGUGUUCCGACCACUCCGUCCGUAACACCGGCGCCAGAUGCUGGUGCUGUUGCGGCGACGCAUGAGGAGGAGGUCAAAGGUUCGGGAGGAAGUAGCCGGGGGGCGAGGAGAAAAGGGGGCAUGGACCUCAAAUCCAUGAUGAACGAUGAAGACCAGGACGAUGAGCUGCAGGACGACGAGUCGGUGAUUGUGGUCAAUGGUGCCUCGGAGCCACCUAGACGGCGGUCCAGGCGCAAUGCGAAGUGA